CCUCGGUGGGAUGACGUGGAAGCGGCAAAGAGCUGAGCGUUUUGCACUGAAUUCUAAAGCGAAGAGGGGAACACUGAGCUAAUCUGGUUACAUAAGAGCACACUGAGUUUGAGGGCUGCUUCCGCGGUAAUCCGCUCUACUAUUCGCAUUCAACUGUCCCGGCAGCCUUGAAUAGGACACGCACACACGCGUGCGCACUUGUGGCUCUAGAAGCGCCGUGCGAAACGCGUUCAGAGCGCGUGGGAACCACUAACUAAGCGCUGUAGGCGCACGCGCGCGUGUCUGCAGAGACCGCCUUGCCCCAUGUUGCAACUUGCCGAGCCCGUGACGAUUCCUGUGACACGCCACGACGCCGCGCCACCCAGGAGGAGGCAGAGCGGAGAGCUGUGAGCAGACGGAGCAGCAGCAGACCGACUGGACGGACGCGCACUCCCUUUCCCCUCCCUGCAGCUGCGCGUGUCCAUUUAACGAUUUCAACCGCCAGCAUUGUGCAGACUCCCGCAGUGAUGGAGGUACCAGGUUUGGCGCACAACAUCACCAGUCCACUAAGUCCAUGCGAGGGGAUGAUCAAGGACCUGAGCUUGGACGCCAUACAGUUGCGAGAUGGAAACAAAUCACAGGACGGCAGCAUUUCAGAAAUGGAAGAGCUUCCCGUUCCUCAGAACAUCAAGAUCAGCAACAUCACCUGCGACUCCUUCAAGAUCUGCUGGGACAUGGAGGCUCGCACCAAGGAGCGCAUCACACACUACUUCAUUGACCUGAACAAGAAGGAGAACAAGAACUCUAACAAGUUCAAACACAAGGAUGUUCCAACUAAGCUGGUUGCCAAGGCAGUGCCUCUGCCCAUGACAGUGCGGGGCCACUGGUUCCUGAGCCCCCGUACUGAGUACACUGUAGCUGUCCAGACUGCAUCCAAACAGGCCGAUGGGGACUACACCGUCUCUGAGUGGAGCGAGAUUGUCGAGUUCUGCACAGCCGAUUAUUCCUUGGUUCAUCUAAAUCAGCUCCUGGAAAAGGCAGAGGUGAUCGCAGGACGGAUGCUGCCUUUCUCCGUCUUCUACAGAAACCAGAACAAGGAGUACUUUGACCACGCCAGAGAUGUGCUAGACAACCGGAUGCUGCCGUCAGUAAAAGACAACAGUGGCAGCCAUGGCUCCCCCAUCAGCGGCAAGUUAGAGGGCAUCUUCUUCAGCUGCAACACAGAGUUUAACACAGGCAAACCUCCGCAGGACUCCCCGUAUGGUCGCCUUCGCUUCGAGGUCCGGGCCGACGCACUCUUCAACCCUGACACCAACCUAUACUUUGGAGACUUCUACUGCAUGUACACAGCCUACCACUACGUCAUUCUGGUCCUGGCACCAAAGGGCUCCACGGGGGACGACUUCUGUAAGCAGAGGCUUCCUGCACUCGACAUCACCAACAACCGCUUCCUGACCUGCAAACAGGACGAAGGGGCUGGUCUGGUGUUUCACCACGCUCAGGAUGUCAUCCUGGAGGUGAUUUUUACAGAUCCUGUGAACCUGGCAUCGGGCUCGGUGGCGGAGAUCAGCGGUCAUCAGCUGAUGAGUCAGUCCACAGUAAACGCAAAGAAGGACCCCAGCUGCAAGGCCUGCAACAUCAGUGUGGGACGCUAAAAAUGAGCAGAAUGUAACAGGGAGGGGAGGACAACAUUUGACUUGCCUCUCAAGACACAUGAAAGGAAGUCUAACAUGUCCUGAGGAAGCAGACCAACACAUGCAUGAAGCAGCAGAUUUAUUAGGCUCCCAGACGUGUACCAAACAUAUCUGACGAUGCUUUUUUUUAAACCAAGAGACCAUCACUUGCAAAAAAAAAGGGGGGUGGGGGGUAGGCUCUACAUGUCACUUGCAUCGACUAAAAGAGGGUUGUAUCCCAUUAUAAAUGUAAAAUAUAGUCAAAUCCCAAUUUUACAGGUCAAUCUGACAAGUCACUGGUAUGCAUAUUGAUCCCUUUACUAACAAAUAUUACCUGCUUUCUUUCAACUUCCUGUUUGUUUAAACAUCUAACCCCCAUGUUGAUUGAUUACUUGUCACUGAUAUUCUAUAUUAAAUAAGCGUCAGGUUUUAAAUUGUUUGUUUUGCUCACUUUCCACAUCUGACAAAAAUCCUUUACGUCUGACUAGUGAUAUGGAGUGGUACUACAAAAUUCUAGGGCUGCAGUAUUGAUAGUCAUUUUUCUGUAAACCAAAGGUAUAUAAAAAGUGUCGACCCGUUGUGGAAUUUAAUGCAAAUGCCUCUACGUGUGUAGUCACCAAGUCUUUGAUGACCAAUUGUGAACAACUUGUUACAAAAAAAAGAAAGCAUGAUGCAGUUCUGCACAUUUCUCAUGAGCAUGAGAAAGCUGUCAGUACCUUUAACAUAGUAACAUUCAGUGUAAGUCACUAUUAAUUUAACAAAGAAAGUAGAACCAUAAACUGUGUUUGGCAGAAUAAAUGUGAAAAAAUA